AUGGCUGCAUCUGCCGAGUACGAGCUGGAGAAGAGGGUGGAGAGGCUCGAUCUGUUCCCCGUCACACUGGAGAAAGGUACACCUCAGCUCAGUUACCCCCAUAACCUUAAUCUGGGAUUCAGUUACCCCCAUAACCUUAAUGUGGCAUUCUGGGAUUCAGUUACCCCCAUAACCUUAAUGUGGCAAUCUGGGAUUCAGUUACCCCCAUAACCUUAAUGUGGCAAUCUGGGAUUUAGUUAGACAAUACAGAAAUGCAAUACAGGAAGUUAACAUAGGGUAAAAGGGCUGUCACAGGAAAACAUUAAAUUGAAAAGCUAUUAUGAAACAAAAGAGCAUUUCAUUUUCAUUAUGGAUUAGGAUGACUAUGAUUUUAUUUACUUCUCACAGUUGGGACUGCAUUUCUCCUCUAUCCACUGUGUCCUCAGAUGGUGAUGGACUGGGUAUCAGUAUCAUUGGGAUGGGGGCGGGGGCAGACAUGGGCCUGGAGAAACUGGGCAUCUUUGUCAAGACGGUCACCGAUAAAGGAGCAGCGCACAGGGACGGCAGGUACGUCACAAAAAAAAGUUUCCCCCUCCCCAACACAUUCCCCCAACCCCCUCAGUCCCCCUCCCCAACCCAUUCCCCCAACCCCCUCAGUCCCCCUCCCCUCCCCAACCCAUUCCCCUAACCCCCUCAGUCCCCCUCCCCUCCCCAACCUGUUCCCCCAACCCCCUCAGUCCCCAUCCCCUCCCCUCCCCAACCCAUUCCCCCAACCCCCUCCCCAACCCAUUCCCCCAACCCCCUCAGUCCCCCUCCCCAACCCUUCCCCAACCCCCUCAGUCCCCCUCCCCAACCCAUUCCCCCCACCCCCUUGUCCCCCUCCCCAUCCCAUUCCCCCAACCACCUCAGUCCCCCUCCCCAACACAUUCCCCCCAACCCCCUCAGUCCCCCUCCCCAACCCAUUCCCUCAACCCCCUCAGUCCACCUCCCAACCCAUUCCCCCAACCCCCUCAGUCCCCCUCCCCAACCCAUUCCCCCAACCCCCUCAGUCCCCCUCCCCAACCCAUUCCCCAACCCCCUCAGUCCCCAUCCCCAUUCCCCAACCCCCUCAGUCCUCCUCCCCAACCCAUUCCCCCAACCCCCUCAGUCCCCCUCCCCAACCCAUUCCCCCAACCCCCUUGUCCCCCUCCCCAACCCAUUCCCCCAACCCCCUCAGUCCCCCUCCCCAACCCAUUCCCCCCAACCCCCUUGUCCCCCUCCCCAACCCAUUCCACCAACCACCUCAUGCCCCCUCCCCAACACAUUCCCCCAACCCCCUUGUCCCCCUCCCCAACCCAUUCCCUCAACCCUCCUCAGUCCCCCUCCCCAACCCAUUCCCCCAACCCCCUCAGUCCCCCUCCCCAACCCAUUCCCCAACCCCCUCAGUCCCCCUCCCCAACCCAUUCCCCCCAACCCCCUCAGUCCCCAUCCACCCGCCUGCAUCCUCCCUCCCUCCCCACCCGGAAACCAUGUUUCCCACCCCUUUCCACACCGCCUAACCCCCCUCCUCCUGCAUCUUCAUCUGUCCAACCUCACCCCUUCCCAUCUCGUCCAGCAACUGAGGUUGCUUAUCAGUCCCCCUCCCACCCAGUUGACUAAUUGAAUCAGGUGUGCAAAUUUAGGGAGGGUUGGGAAACCCUGGUUUAAGAGAUAGUUCAAUGAACAUCAUUUCCUCCAGGGCAAUGGGAGCCACCAUAUUUCUCUCUAUUGUCAGCCAGGGAGUAGAAGAGUGAUGUCUAAACCAUUGGGUGAAAUGCUAGUGCUUGGAUUUAAUGAUUAAUGAUGAUUUAAUAAUCUAAGAAGCAAUCAAGCAUGUGAGAUGAGCCAGACUUGUGUGUCUAGUAGUAGUAUUAACAUCUUGGUCUAGCUUGCUGAUUUGAUAUAGUUCCUUGUGUGAGCAGGUCUCGCUUGCAAAAUAGAUUUCUAUCUCAAUGAGACAAACCUGUAUAAAUAAAAGUUGAAUGAAAAAUGAGUGAAAAAGUAAGCAUGUUCUAAGAGUCCUGACUGAGGUUGUUGUGCUGCUUUGUGUUUCUCCAUCCAGGAUCCAGGUGAAUGACCUGAUAGUGGAGGUGGAUGGGACCAGUCUGGUGGGGGUAACCCAGACCUUCGCUGCUUCUGUCCUCAGGAACACCACAGGCACCGUCAAGUGAGGAUUCGUUUUUGGGGAUACAUCCCAAAUGGCACCUUAUUCCCUUUAUAGUGCACUACCGUUGACCAGAGUCCAACUACUGCUGCUUUUAAAACAAUUUUAAAACAAUUAGCUACUGAGAGAGAAUAGAGUUGCUUUGAUGGAUGUCGCUCUCAAACACUUGAAUACAGUUAAAUUGCUUGGCCCUGUAUGAAGUUGGACCCAUCAAGUCUGAUCUCUACUCUAUUGUCUUUGUAGUAUAGCGUGAUGCCAGACACCAUUAAGGUUUUCUGUAGACAUGUUCUUCUUAGUUUGCAGCAGCUUUAGAUUCUAGCGAGACUGGCAAAAUGACCACACACUGUGUAGAUCAGGUCAUGCAGAGUAGUCAUCAGAAGCCAAAUAGGGCCAUGAUGAUAGUAGGAUGAAGAGCCACCACUUCCUUUCAGAGAUAUAGCAACAGAACCACAGCAGAACCACAGCAGAACCACAGCAGAACCACAGCAGAACCACAGACAAAGCUCAAACUCUACAUUUGGACCAUAGAAGAGCAUAAAAACAUCACCAUCAUCCUCACAGCAGGCAUCAACACAAUUAUCAUUCUGAAAUGCCAAUCUAUUUGUGGAUGACUGAAUGGGGCACCAGAGUCAUCUGCCUGUUCCCCAAUCCCCAACACUCCUUUGUCAUCCUAUAGGCUCAUUCAUUCAUAAUUCAGGAACUAGUGGUCAGUGGAGCUAUGCGGGUAAUUGUUAGCGUGUGGUGUGUGGUGUGUCUGUGUUUGCAUGUGUGCGUGUGUGUGUGCGUGUGCGUGUGCGUGUGUGCGUGUAUAAUUGUUAGUGUUGUGUGACUUGUCGAAGAUCAGGGCCCUCUUCAGAGAUUGCUCAUGAAUUAUAGAACAGGGUAGACGGGGAAGGAAAUGCUGAGGCAGGCGGUCAGUCGGUCAGUCCUAUUCAUAAAAAUAUCAGCCAAGGGAAUGGAUGGAUGGAUGAGGAUGGGAACUGUGUUGGUUAGCAUUUAAUUAGCUGAUAGUUAGCGGAGGGAAUUGUAAGGCUGUUGUGGUCGUCUUGAUAACUGACUGACUAUGGGUAGUCAUUCUGAACUACUCAGAUUCCUCUUACAUAGCUGAGGAAGGUAUUACACUGAAAAACAUGUCUCUCUCGGAGCAUACUGUAUAUUGAGUCAAAAUAAUCUAAAUGUUGAAAGAGGCUAUAUAAUUCUGAUUAUUUAACCUCUUGCUAAGGGACCAUAUCAUAUAGGUUCCUCUUAUUGCAGUCCACAUAGGAAGACGUUUUCAAAAGCUGUGUAAUUGUAUGCAGGUUUCUGAUUGGUCGAGAGAAGCCGGGCGAGCAGAGUGAGGUGGCCCAGCUGAUCCAACAGACCCUGGAACAGGAGCGCUGGCAGAGAGAGCUGAUGGAACAACGCUACAGCCAGUACAUGGAGGACCAAGAGGUAGGUCUCCAACCAAUCUACAAUCAGUCAACAAUCAGUCUACAACUAGUCUAUAUUCAGUCUACAACCAGCAUAGGUAGGUCUACAACCAAUCUACAGCCAGUGAAUGGACAACCAAGAGGUACAGUACAGAUGGACAGAAAGACUUGUCCAAUAAGAAUACAGAUGUUUGCUUUAUGUUACAAAAGGAUUUGCUACUGUGUGCCCUAAGGAACAUGACCCUGAACACUGAUGGUUUAGAGACAGAAACAGAAACCUGGCCACUAUUUGAAUUGUUCAAAUGACUAUUAAGCUUUUUAGGUCAAUCUUUGCCUUUGUGUGUUCUCUUUCCCCCUCAGCUUUAGGAUUAAGAUAUGUGUGCCAAUCGCAUCUUUGUCAGAAUGGACCCGGUGGCUGUAUUGAGUGAGCUGAAUGGGCGUGUGUCCAUAGGUACGCUGUUACUGUUCAGUGUAGCCUGCAGACAGUAUAAACACAAGUCUGCUUCCCAAAAUACACUAUUCUUCCUCAGGGCUCUGGUCAAAGGUAGUGCACUAUAUAGACUAUAUAGACAGUAGGAUGCCAUUUGGGACACAUCCCAACAGGUCAGUUCAGAGAGUCCCCCUAGGACUCCUUUUUUAAUCUGUUUAUGAUGUUUUGGCCACUUCCUCUCUGGGUUGUUGGGGGUAGAGAUUUUAUAGGACAUCCAACCCACAAUUGGUUCAGGUCAUCAGCACAGUCCAAGCUCUUCUCUGUCCUGGCACCCCAAUGGUGGAACCAGCUUCCCCCUAAAGUCAGGACAGCGGAGUCCCUGUCCAUCUUCCGAAAACAUCUGAAACCCUACCUCUUUGAAGAGUAUCUUAAAUAAUUAUCACGGCGCCCCCGAUGCCCCCCUCAAAAAGGCACUUGUAUCUUCCUACUAGCUCUGACUUUGCUGAUGAAUACUUAUUUGAGGGAAAAUGUACUUGAUACGCUUGUGAUGUGUUGUCCCACCUAGCUAUCUUAAGAUGACUGCACUAACUGGAAGUCGCUCUGGAUAAGAGUGUCUGCUAAAUGACUCAAAUGUAAAUGUCAUCACCUAUCACAAGGAGGAUGUUUUGACCUCUAUCCAAUCAAAAUCCUAUGAGGAUGCAGGACAUUCUUAAAUUCUCCAUCUUAUUACGAUGACAUGCAGAAUGAUAGCAUAAAUGCUGAGGUUUAGUUCUGGUGUGUUCUCACCCCCUAUCUAGGGACCUGCUUCACUGGUGUUAUAUGCCAUCUAGUGGCCAGUCUCAGUAUCAAUAGAGAACCAACCAUUAUAAUAACCAUGAAGCUCUUGUAGAGGCAGCAGUCACAGGCAAUUAUAAAAAUGCUGUGGGAUGGAUGGAUGGAUGGAUGGAUGGAUGAUGGACGGAUGGAUGAAUGGAUGGAUGGAACUAUAUUGAACCUAUUCAAAGAUGCAGACACUUUGGCCCUCUCAAUUAAGACCUGGAGGCAUUGUGGAAAACCCCAGACCCAAUAGAGACUUCAGGCUCACUUGUCCGCUCUUCCCCCAGGGUGGUGAAUAUGGUACUGACGAGGAGGAGGAUGAGGAGGAAGAGGUCAGCCCCACACAUCCCUCUGCCAUCGAGGUGUUUGACCUGGCUGAGAACGAGGACAUCUCUCACCUGGAGACGGACCCUGAGAAGCUAGCCCAUAAGAACCAGGAAGUGAGAGGAGACAAAGUUAAAGACAAAUUCCUGAUAUAGUACACUACUACACUCUAUUCCUGAUAUAGUACACUACUACACUCUAUUCCUGAUAUAGUACACUACUACACUCUAUUCCUGAUAUAGUACACUACUACACUCUAUUCCUGAUAUAGUACACUACUACACUCUAUUCCUGAUAUAGUACACUACUACACUCUAUUCCUGAUAUAGUACACUACUACACUCUAUUCCUGAUAUAGUACACUACUACACUCUAUUCCUGAUAUAGUACACUACUACACUCUAUUCCUGAUAUACAGUUGAAGUCGGAAGUUUACAUACACCUUAGCCAAAUACAUUUAAACUCCGUUUUUCACAAUUCCUGACAUUUAAUCCGAGUACAAAUUCCCUGUCUUAGGUCAGUUAGGAUCACCACUUUAUUUUAAGAAUGUGAAAUGUCAGAAUAAUAGUAGAGAUAAUUAUUUAUUUCAGCUUUUAUUUCUUUCAUCACAUUCCCAGUGGGUCAGAAGUUUACAUACACUCAAUUAGUAUUUGGUAGCAUUGCCUUUAAAUUGUUUAACUUGGGUCAAAUGUUUCGGGUAGCCUUCCACAAGCUUCCCACAAUAAAUUGGGUGAAUUUUGGCCCAUUCCUCCUGACAGAGCUGGUGUAACUGAGUCAGGUUUGUAGGCCUCCUUGCUCGCACACGCUUUUUCAGCUCUGCCCACAAAUGUUCUAUAGGAUUGAGGUCAGGGCUUUAUGAUGGCCACUCCAAUACCUUGAUUUUGUUGUCCUUAAGCCAUUUUGCCACAACUUUGGAAGUAUGCCUGGGGUCAUUGUCCAUUUGGAAGACUCAUUAGCGACCAAGCUUUAACUUCCUGACUGAUGUCUUGAGAUGUUGCUUCAAUAUAUCCACAUAAUUUUCCUUCCUCAUGAUGCCAUCUAUUUUGUGAAGUGCACCAGUCCCUCCUGCAGCAAAGCACCCCCACAGCAUGAUGCUGCCACCCCUGUGCUUCACGGUUGGGAUAAUGUUCUUCAGCUUGCAAGCAACCCCCUUUUUCCUCCAAACAUAACGAUGGUCAUUAUGGCCAAACAGUUCUAUUUUUGUUUCAUCAGACCAGAGGACAUUUCUCCAAAAAGUACGAUCUUUGUACCCAUGUGCAGUUGCAAACCGUAGUCUGGCUUUUUUAUGGCGGUUUUGGAGCAGUGGCUUCUUCCUUGCUGAGCGGCCUUUCAGGUUAUGUCGAUAUAGGACUCGUUUUACUGUGGAUGUAGAUACUUUUGUACCUGUUUCCUCAAGCAUCUUCACAAAGUCCUUUGCUGUUGUUCUGGGAUUGAUUUGCACUUUUCGCACCAAAGUACGUUCAUCUCUAGGAGACAGAACGCGUCUCCUUCCUGAGCGGUAUGACGGCUACGUGGUCCCAUGGUGUUUAUACUUGCGUACUAUUGUUUGUACAGAUGAACGUGGUACCUUCAGGCAUUUGAAAAUUGCUCUCAAGGAUGAACCAGACUUGUGGAGGUCUACAAUUUUUUUUCUGUGGUCUUGGCUGAUUUUUUUUAUAUUUUCCUAUGAUGUCAAGCAAAGAGGCACUGAGUUUAAAGGUAGGCCUUGAAAUACAUCCACAGGUACACCUCCAAUUGACUCAAAUGAUGUCAAUUAGCCUAUCAGAAGCUUCUAAAGCCAUGACACAUUUUCUGGAAUUUUCCAAGCUGUUUAAAGGCACAGUCAACUUAGUGUAUGUAAACUUCUGACCCACUGGAAUUAUGAUGCAGUGAAUUAUAAGUGAAAUAAUCUGUCUGUAAACAAUUGUUGGAAAAAUUACUUGUGUCAUGCACAAAGUAGAUGUCCUAACCGACUUGCCAAAACUAUAGUUUUGAAAUUUGUGGAGUGGUUGAAAAACGAGUUUUAAUGACUCCAACUUAAGUGUAUGUAAACUUCCGACUUCAACUGCUUACUCUCCCCCUCUCUCUCCCUCUGUCUCUCUCUCUCUCUCUCUCUCUCUCUCUCUCUCUCUCUCUCUGUCUCUCUCUGUCUCUCUCUCUCUCUCUCUCUCUCUCUCUCUCUCUCUUUCUCUCUGUCUAUCUCUCUCUCGCUCGCUCUCUCUCCGCAGCUUCACAUAAAGCAUGCUGUAACACAGGCAGAGAUCCAACAGCUGAAAAGAAAGGUUGUUAUAUUAUGUCAUUCUUAUUAUGUCCUAAUGUUUAAUUGUACAAUAUGGCCAGUUGAUAUACAGUGGCCUUUACGGUUUUCAUCCCCCAUGUGCUUCUCCACACUCCCAGCUGAACCAUGCAGAGCAGGACAAGCAGCGCUGGCGUGUGGACAAGACCCAGCUGGAGCAGACCCUGCGGGAGAACAAGGAGCGCAUGGAGAAGCUGGAGGGCUACUGGAUGGAGGCCCAGAGUCUGUGUCAGGCUGUGGACGAGCACCUGAAGGAGACCCAGGUCCAGUACCAGGCUCUGGAGCGCAAGUACAGCAAGGCCAAGCGCCUCAUCAAGGAGUACCAGCAGAAGUAAGGCCGGGACACGCACACACACACGCACACGCACUGCAUUGAGAGUGUGGUAAUGUUGUACAUAAGAGGUCAAUACAUUGUACAUUGUUCAGUCUGCGCCAAUGUCUCCAAUGUUUCAGCCCCAAGGCCUUCCUCAGAGCUUAUUCAUUACAGUGGAAAGAGAAGUGGUUUAUAGUGGUGUGACUGGUGUCUCUGUGAUGGCUCCUCUCCAGGGAGAUUGAGUACCUGAAGAAGGAGACUCAGCGCUGU